AUAGCUUUGUUUCCACCGGUGGAUUCUGUGGUGGCAGCUACUAAGCUUGUUCCCAGUUCCCAGCUGGAACGCCAGAAGAACAACUUUCAGCAUGAACCCACACUUGACAAAGAGGAAAGUUUAAAGGAUCUCUACGCCCCAAAGAGCCGAAGCUAUUCAUAUUCUCUUUCUGCAGAAAGGAGUCAACACAUCUCCAGGCACGGAGGUGUCUGGCUGGCUGGACUGCAGAGCAAGUAUCUCACCAGCCAGACCAAAACUCUGCCAGCUAAAUCAGUAGCCAGUCGUAAAGAAGGAGUGGACCGUGCACAUCCACUGAAACCAAUUUUUCACCACAAGGGUGUGAGUGUUCCAGUGGUCAACAGAGCACAGGACAGAAGUUCCCCACACAUGGAAGAUGCUCCAAACAGUAGGCCUAGCUCAAGGAGCAAAGGGAAGCCUCCAGCAGGGAGGGCUCAGCUAGGUACAGUGCUCUUUCCUUGGACAGCAGAGACUAAACAGUCAGCCUCCCAUCUAUACAGGAGAGAGACGGCCUACAUCCUAAAGUUGGAGGCAGAUGGACGGAACCUGGAAGAGGAAAUUCGAAAGAGAGAGGGCCUCCUCAAAGAGAAGCUGAGGAGAGCAAAGGAAGAGCUUAGGAGGAUUCAAAGAGAGAAGGAGCUUGUCGAGGCAGAGGGGAGAAGAGACAGAGAAGCAGAGAGGACCCAUGAGCGAAAGGGGGCUGAAGAGAAAGCUUUCAGAGUUGCAGUCAGGCCAGGUGACAGGGUCUUCGGUGGGGCGCAGUCAGAAGAGGCCACUAUCCCCAAGCCUGGCAUCACCCUCCAUCCCCAAGAGCUGGCUAUGAGAAAACUCAAGAAGGAGCGGCUGGUGGCCACCAACAGCAAAAUUCGAGACCACAUACCCAUGGAGUGUUUAACCUCUUAUUCAGAGCUGGCCCAAAAACCUAGCCCUUCUCCCUCUGCCCUCCCAGACCAAGAUUCUGAUGACCACCUGCCCACAGAGGUGCUGGACUUGCAGGCUGCCAGCUCUGUGGAGCAGGGGGGGCUCAGACAGUGCAGCUUCUGCAGACGUAAGUUCCUCUGCACCAGGCUUGAGAAGCACAUGAGUGUCUGUGGCAAGAGCCAAGGCUCCAAGAGGAAAGUGUUUGACUCCAGCAGGGCCAGAGCUAGGGGCACAGAACUGGAACAGUACCAGCAGUGGAAUUGCUCAGAGAGGCCUCAGAAUGAGCCACCCAGAAGAAACAACUGGAGGCAGAAGCAUGAGGUUUUCAUCCAGACCCUGCGCCAGGCCCGCCAGGUGCAGCAAGUCCUCUCCAAGGGAGGGAAGGUGUCUGACCUGCCCCCGUUGCCUGCCAUCGAAAACCCGGACUAUGUUGCCUGCCCAUACUGCGGACGCCGAUUUGCUCCCCAGGCAGCUGAGAGACACAUUCCCAUAUGCAAAACCAUCAAGAAUAGGCCUCCACCCCCACAGCAGAGGAAGCGCUGGUGAGACAGUGUCUAACCAUAUCUGCUGCCAUGAUUUCCUGCUUGUUUUCUGCCAGGUUUCCAGCCACGGACACUUGUGCUUUCCCUAGUCUCAACACCGGCUGCGAGUGUUGAGCUUGUAUGUACAGCAA